AUGUCUGAGAUGGUCAGUGUUCAUGGGUGGAUGGAGGAGGCCCUCAGCUCUCAAGAUGAGAUGAAAGAUACAAAUCAGAGACAGUCUGCCUUCGACAUGCUGUCAGGUUUGAGCCAUGAAGAACAUGGGAGCAUUGAUGGAGAGGAAGAUGAAGAAGAAGAAGAUGAUGGAGAAAAACCAAAGAAAAGGGGCCCCAAAAAAAAGAAGAUGACCAAAGCUAGGCUGGAAAGGUUUCGUGUGAGGAGGGUAAAAGCCAAUGCCAGGGAGCGCACAAGAAUGCAUGGACUAAAUGAUGCUCUAGACAAUCUGAGGAGAGUCAUGCCUUGUUACUCCAAAACACAAAAGUUGUCCAAGAUUGAGACCCUCAGAUUAGCCAGAAAUUAUAUAUGGGCAUUAUCUGAGGUGCUGGAAAGAGGUCAAACCACAGAGGGAAAGAGCUUUCUGGAAAUGCUCUGCAAAGGGCUAUCACAGCCUACUAGCAAUCUUGUAGCUGGCUGUCUGCAGCUUGGCCCUCAGUCCUUGUUCUUGGACAAACAUGAAGAUAAGCCACAUAUGUGUGACUCAUCACUAAGUCAUGCCUACAGCUAUCAGUCUCCAGGUCUUCCAAGUCCUCCAUAUGGCAAUAUUGAAGCUCACCAUUUGCACUUGAAAGCACCCACAUUUAAAACUGUGGUGGACCCAUCAAUGGUAAACCAUACAUUAAACUGUACUACACCUCCAUAUGAAGGUGCUCUAACUCCCCCACUGAGCAUUAGUGGCAAUUUUUCCUUGAAACAAGAUAAUUCUCCAGACUUAGACAAACCUUAUGGCUUCCGAUCUCAUUAUCCAUCUCUUGGGCUUGGUUCUCAUGGGCAUCCUCCCCAUUUUCAAACUGCAGUCCCAAGAUAUGAAAUUCCAAUAGACAUGGCCUAUGAACAGUAUCCACAUCAUGCCAUUUUCACUGAGUAA